AUGAUUCCUGGAGACCUGAUCGCGAUCGAUCGUGUGGUACAUAAGCACUGGACCGUUUACAUCGGAGAAGAUGAAGUGGUUCAUCUUGUUCCAAAUUAUAUUCGUUCUUCAGAAGGAGAGGUGAGGCGCGACAAGCUCAGUGACGUGCUCAACGGCGACAGCUACCAAGUCAACAAUCUUCUGGACGACAAGUACAAGCCUCGCGACCCUGACGUCAUCGUGAAAGAGGCCAAGAAGAGGAUUGGACCGUCAAAGUACGAUGACGUCAAUUAUAACUGCAAACACUUUGCGACAGAGAUGCGAUACGGCAAACCAGAGUCAAGACAGGUGGGUGUCAUGUUGACCUGUCCAGGGUGUGACUCUGGAAUUGGCACCAGCAGCCCCCGUGACUGUGGAAUGUGGCGGAUGAAGCCUCUGAGAUCCAAAGAGGUCAAAGAGACAUUUUGUCCCUAA